AUGUUCGCCGUCACGAAACGCGACGAAAUCGACAAGCACCCCUGGAUCAGCGCGAUCAUUGUUCCCGGUGUGCUUCUAGUCGCGCUCCUGGUCCACAGCUACUAUACCAAGCCCAGCAGGAAGAAUCCCAGCCCGCCAUACCUCUCAAUCUGGUGGUUUCCAUGGGCCUACCGUCGACAUCGCGAAGGCAAGCCAAUCACUCUCACCGAGGAGGAGAAAGCAGACUUCGUACAGAAGCGACAACGCUGGCACGAGAGAUGGCUUACUGCUCCUGCUCCCCACACGCGUUCAAACGACAACAACGCUUCGUUUCUCGAUGCUAGGAUGGUUUCGUGGCCAAGCAGGGAAGCAGAAGCGCCAGCACGUCCGCCACGCCCGAUUUUCGAAGUGUUUAGGCAUAGGAGAGACGCAGUGAUAGCGCCCAUGAGACCGCUAUUUGCUGCAUUUCCGGCGUUUUCUGGCUGGUGUAUUCGGGUUGAUGAGCACGAUGAAGAGAUUCAGAACGCGUCGGAACUGGAACGACGACCGACUACGUUGAGCUGGGCGGACAGUGUGGAGCGGGAACAGCAGCAAGGACGUUGA